AUGCUGACCUUCAUGCAGCUGAUCACUUGGCUCCUUCUCACCAACUCAAACGGCGCCGAGAAGCUUUUCCAUAACCGGGAUCAUUCGGACGUGCGGGCGCCACUGUCGCACCAAGCUCCUGUCGUCGUGGAUGAAUUUAAAGCGGAGUUAUUUCUCUCUCGAUACGGGUUCAUCAAGCCUGUCGACUGGGAGGAAGACGAGUUUGAGGAUUCGGACGCUUCUUCCCCAGAUGACUUUCUGGAUGACCUACAAGCUAGAAUCCAGGAGGAGACCUCAGUGUCUCGUUCAAGAGAUGCUCCUCAAAGUGGUCGUGAUGUCCACAAAAACCGAGCUGAGAAUCAAGCUUUUAUUUCAGCCCUUAAAGAGUUUCAGAGGGUGUCGGGGCUGCCUGUUACAGGCGUGUUCGAUGAGGCCACCAGGGAGGCGAUGAACAAACCGAGGUGUGGCGUCCCCGACAAGAAGAUGGACCUGAACGCUCCUGUGGAACCUGAGAACAAUCAGACCGGUAGUUUUAACGAGACUGACGGCAACAACACAGCAAGUGACCGUUUCAUCAGCUCUGCCAAUUACUCUGACGAUGAAAUAUUUAGUUUUAACAACACACAAAGUCUCCUCGUAGACGUUUCAAACGAUACAAACGUGAAUACGACACAGCCAGACGGCUCCAGUGAUGGUGAAAUGGGACGCGUAGGCCUGGACACAAGUCAGAGCGAAGCAGUUCGGCGUAAAAAGCGUCACCUGGCCGUCCUUGUGUCAGAAAGGCGUCAGAAGAGAGAUCUGAGAGAAUCUGGAUUCAUGGCUUUUUCCAAGACGGUGCUGAAGUGGCGGCUGAUCGGAGAAGGCUACAGCAGUCAGCUGACCGUCGAGGAGCAGAGGUACAUCUUCAGGCUGGCCUUCCGGAUGUGGAGCGAGGUGUCGCCGCUGGAGUUUGUGGAGGACGUGUGGUCGCCACUGGAGGACAUUGACGUCAAGCUGGGCUUUGGCACAGGAAGGCAUCUGGGAUGCAGUCAGAGGUUUGACGGAACGGGACAGGAGUUUGCUCAUGCCUGGUUCCUCGGUGAUAUACACUUUGACGAUGAUGAGCACUUCACUGCUCCCAGCUCCCACAGUGGAAUCAGCCUUCUUAAAGUGGCGGUUCAUGAGAUUGGUCAUGUUUUGGGUCUACCCCACACCUACAGACCGGGGUCUAUAAUGCAGCCCAGCUACCUGCCUCGCGAGUCAACUUUUGAGAUGGACUGGAUGGACAGAAAGGCUAUACAGCAUCUGUAUGGUGCGUGCAAAGGUCGAUUUGACACCGUGUUCGACUGGAUCAGGAAGGAGAAGACGCCUUACGGAGACGUGAUCGUCCGCUUCAACACGUACUUCAUGAGGGACGGCUGGUACUGGCUGUAUGAGAACAGCAACAACAGAACGCGUUACGGUGAUCCGGUUGCGCUGCACAUCGGCUGGCACGGGCUUCCCAGUGAUGGAGUAGACGCACACGUACACGUGUGGUCCAGGAAACGAGAUGACGUUUACUUUUUCAAAGGUACUCAGUUUUGGAGAUAUGAUAAUGAGAAUGACCAGGUGUUCAUUAAGGACUCUGAUGGUCAGCCGUACCCGAGGAGGAUUUCUAAAGGUUUCCCCGGGGUGCCCAGUCCCAUCGACACAGCCUUUUACAACAGGAGGGACUCCCUCAUUUACUUCUUCAAAGGCACUCUAGUGUUUGCAUUCAGUGUGAAAACCAGCAGCUUGGUGAGAGGCUUCCCCAAAACCAUCAGAGACGUUUUCCCUCCAGUGGAGAGAGGAGACCAUCCAGAUGGCAACAUCGACGCUGCCUACUUCUCCUACACCCACAGCGCCGUCUUUCUGCUCAAGGGCACGCGGUUCUGGCAAGUGGUGGGCAGCCGUGAACGCUGGCGCCGGCCCUUUCUGCCUCAAAACGGCUUGUUGCCACACAGGGAGGUGGAUCGGCAGUGGUUCGACAUCUGCAACGUUCAUCCUACUGCUCUGAAACUAACCCGCUGA